CGUGUAGGUGAGUGACAUGUACUUUAAAGUGUUUGGUAUUUGGCAAAUGGCGAAUGCUGAUUUGGUACAUGCUGAUUAUUUUAGGUAUAUUUUCUUUUGCUGCGUCUGUGUAUUUGUUUGCUUGGUGCACGGUCAUACGGUCAUAUAUUAAGUUUCUGUUUAUUUCGUUUUCAGAAACCGCUUGCUUCACUAUGUUUUGCAAUAUAAAUUCAUCUGUGGAGCUAUAGCGCGUUUACCUGCCGGUUAGCGCAAGAUCCAGAGGCCCUAGACAGCGGUCGGCGGUUAUAGUUUCUACACGCGCCAGUUCUACCCGUGGCUUCUGCGCUGGCUGGUCUCCGGCUGCGCGGCGCGACUUUCUGCUCGCGCUGGCCGCGCUGGCUGGGCGCUGUCCUGCGGACGCGUGCGGAUUCUGCAGUCUGCAUUGUCUACAGUCUGCAGGAUCUACUGGCUGGCUUCAGCCUGCAACUCGGCGCGUGUGGGCUGCUGAUUGCUGAGCCUCAGCAGUCUGCGCGUUUCAACAUGCUGAGUGUCUGCGAGCAAACUUGUGCGCAGAGUCGGUAAGUGAUCUGGGUCCCUGAUCUGCAGGUCUCAUUUGGUUUGGCGCCUUGGGUUUUGGCUUGGCGAGGUAACUCACCUUGUGGGUUUGGACUUGUGAGUGGGUACCUACUGCUCGUGGGCAGUUGACCUUGAACUUGGAGGACUUGGACUUGAGCCAACUCACUCUUCCUGUUUGGACGAGGGUGUUUUUUGGCUUGGCGCUCACUGCUCAGUGAGCCCAUGUCUGUGUGCUGACGUUGGUGAUCCUGAUGGUCAGCAAAGCUUUGAAUCAGUGAAUGAGUUUGGUUCUUGGUAAGCAAUUGAUGGUUCGUCAGUUGCAGGCAUCACUGUUGGUUGUGAAGUAGUCUUGGUGAAAAUUUGGUUUGGUGGACUCUAGUGUUUGAGCCAUUUCUGGGAAAGCUGCGAAACAGAUGGCUUCAGGGAGCUUCAUCCAGGGGCUUUGGGGCAUCUGAACAUAGUUUGGGGCUUCGGUGCAUUGUGUUGUUGUAAAGUGUAUUGUAUGUGUAUGUAUUGUGUGUUGUAAGUGCUACUGUGUACUGUUAGCGUAGAUGUUUGACUAUUAAGUUAGGUGGUUAAGAUGGCACCAACCAGGGAGGACCUUGCUAAGUUAAAGUUAUCUGAGUUGGUGGAUGAGCUGAGCUCUAGAGGCUUAGAGACGUCUGGUAAAAAGGCCGAGUUAGUAGAUAGGUUGUGGGAAGCUGUCAGAUCUGCUGAUCCCAGACAUGUUGGUACUGAGCAGAGCAAGGUGCUUGUGAAGGGUGAUGUAACUCAGGAGCAGGUCGGAAUGGCAGCACAAGCAGAUGUUACUGUAGAUUCUGGGGCAGGCUCGGAGACGUCUCAGUCACUUAUUGCUAAGUUAAGGGCACUGAAGGAGAUAGAGCAGUUGGAGGAGCAGGAGCUUAGAAUUAAGAUGAGAAGGCAGCAGCUGGAUAUAGAGCUUAAGCUUGCUGAGCUGCCCAGAGAGCAGGUGAGUCAAGAGCUGGUCGAUUCACUGCGGAUCCCCGUAGGGCCUUCUGAGGGUCAGGGUCAGUCAGCAGGCUCACAUGAGUCCUCCCUACUCGGGUCUCAGAUGCAGAGAAUGUUGCUGCCCCCCACAGAGAUCGAGAAGUUUGAUGGCAACGUCAUGAAAUAUAAACUGUUUAUCAGGUCUUUUGAAGCCAGGAUCGCUUCACGUACCACUGAUGAGGAUGAGCUUCUCCACUAUCUUGAGCAGCUCACUGUAGGAAAGCCUAAGCAGAUUGUGAGGAGCUGCAUGUAUUUGAGGGAUGUAGGGUAUGCAGAGGCUCGUCGGCUGCUGGAUGAAAGGUAUGGUAGCUCUCACAAGGUGGUAGAUGCGUACAUCCAAAGACUCAACAACUGGAGUAGGAUUUCCCCAGGAGAUGUAGAGGAACUUGACAGGUUCACCCUGUACCUGAUCGAGAUAAAGCAUGCCAUGACGGACUUGGACAUUGUUGGAGAACUGGAGCAUCCACGCACACUGAGGGAGGUGGUGGAUAAGCUACCAGCCUACCUGAAGGACAGGUGGAUGAGGGUAAGUGAUGAGAUCAUGGAGGAAAAUGGGAGGAUGGUUCGCUUCAAGGACUUAGUAGACUUCCUUUCCAAGGAAGUACGGGUCAAGAGAAACCCAGUAUUUGGGGCUCCGAUAGGGGACAGACAGGUGCCACAGAGAUCUAAGACACAGCCCAACUUGGGUCGCACACAGGCACAGUGUAGUGCAACAGCUGUAAAGCAAAAUAGGGAAAAAUGUCUGUUCUGUCAGGGUGACCAUUUUUUGGAUGACUGUCAGGAGUUGAGAUACAGAGCUCUUGAGGAAAGGAAGCAGUUCAUUCAGGCGCAGAGGCUGUGUUUUGGGUGUCUGCGAGGGGGUCACGUGGCUAAGUUCUGUAGGAGGCGUAGGAAGUGUGGUAUCUGUGGCAAUCUCCAUGCUACUCUCCUUCACAGACAGAGUGAAGCUCCCAAGAGUGAGCAGACAGAAUCCAGUCCUGUGACCACCCCAGUACGGGUCAGCAGUGGAGGGGUGACCUCCGAUUCUGGACAGAGGUCAGCUACUGACGCCGGAGGAGGUGAGGAGGCCUGAGGGCGAGGGACCGUGCGCGGUGCGCACGUGCUUGGGCUGGUACGUCAUCGGAGUCUCCAGUCGGUCCUCCAGGAGGUCUCUGAGCCGGCACUCCGUGAACAGGAUCGCGGUGUCACGCUCGAACACGCACGGUAAGAUACCUGAGCUUGAUUUGUUUCAUCAGUUGUACGACCAAGACUUCAAGGAUGUGUCAGAUGAUACUGAGGGUUUGUCGGUAGAGGACAAGGAGUGGUUGACUAUGGUUAGGUCAAACAUGAGGAAGGAUGAAUCCGGGCACUUUGAGAUUGGGCUCCCUCUUCGCGAUAUUGGUGACUUACCAGACAGUUAUUUUGCUGCGAGGAGGCGUCUGGAGUGCCUGAGACGGCGUCUGUCUCACGAUAGCAGUCUCCGUGAUGAAUAUGUCGCAGUAGUUCAGAGGCUGUUCGACGAAGGGUACGCAGAGAGGGUCCCGGACUCAGAGGGUGAGACCGAGGAUCGGACUUGGUACUUGCCCCAUCACGGCGUAAGGCAUCCGGAAAAGCGGAAGCUAAGAGUAGUUUUCGAUUGCUCUGCAAAGACUGACAACGUCUGCCUGAACGAUCUGCUCAUCAAGGGUCCAAACUUGACUAACACUCUUGUUGGAGUGCUGCUGCGCUUUCGCGAGAAUCCAGUGGCAUUCACGUGUGACGUGGAAUCCAUGUUCCACAGGGUUCGAGUGCCGGCAGCGGACGCUAACAUGCUCCGCUUCCUGUGGUUCAAAGACAACGAUGUCGGCGCUGAGGCGGUGGUCUGCCGAAUGAGGUCGCACAUUUUCGGCGCGGUGUCGUCCCCGAGCGUUGCCAGUUUCGCCCUGCGGCAGUGUGCCGAGGAAGGUAGGGACAGGUAUCCGGAGGCAUCUAGAAUCGUCGAUGAAAAUGUCUAUGUAGAUGAUGCUCUGGUGUCUGCGUCGUCGGUAGACUCGGCGAUCCACUUGGCUUGUGACUUGAAGCAGCUGUGCAGUGAGGGCAGAUUUAACAUGUGUAAGUUCGCUAGUCACAGCGCUGCGUUCCUGCAAAGCAUCCCACGUGAGGACAGGGGCGCAAACGUUAAGGAUUUGGACCUCCAAGUAGAAGGGCUUAAGCAGCCAGAGAGAGCGCUAGGCAUGCGCUGGUCUGUGACUGACGACACCUUUCGUUUUCUUUUCGUUGACAGAGAGAAACCGGCGACCAGGAGGGGCAUCCUGUCGACCGUCAGUGCUUUGUUCGACCCCUUAGGAAUAGUUGGUCCUGUCACUCUGAGGGGCAAGCUUUUGGUGCAGAGGUUGUGUACUAUGUCCUGUGGAUGGGAUGACGUCAUCCCAUCACCCUUGGCUGAGGAGUGGUCUGCGUGGUUGGAGCAGGCGAACCGUCUUGACAUGGUCUCUUUGAACAGGAGCAUCCAGACAGCUGAUGGCGAGGUUGUCAGUCGUCAGCUGCAUGUCUUCUCAGACGCCAGUGAGGUUGGCCAUUCAGCGGUGGCGUUUCUUCGAGCAGAGACGCGUGCAGAGGACGGCAGCAGUACGAGUACCGUCCGCUUCCUGAUGGGUAAGGCCUUGGUAAAUCCAGUUCGUUUUGUGACCAUCCCUCGAUUGGAGUUGGCAGCUGCAGUGGUCGCAGUAAGGUUGAAGCAGUUGCUGGAGAGGGAGACUGGUUUGGAGUUCGACAGAACUUUCCUGUGGACGGACAGCAUGGUCGUACUCCAGUACAUUCGCAACAGAUCGUCGCGGUACAAAACGUUCGUGGCGAACAGAGUAGAGAUCAUUCACGGUAAGUCUGACGAGCAGGACUGGAGAUACGUACCGUCAGCUGCCAACCCGGCGGAUGUUGGCUCGCGUGGAUCUGCGCCGGAGGACUUGGGGACGUGGUUGAAGGGGCCGGACUUUCUUUCAGCGGAUGAGGAGAGCUGGCCGUGUGAGCCGGUUCGGUUAGAUGAUUCUGAAGACCCGGAGGUUAAGCAUCCCUCACCUGUCGUGACUGUUGUUGCAGCGGUCGCUGAGGUUCCUGAGUCGUCUGCAGUGUCGGGUCGCGAGCAGCCGUCCGCGACUGAGAGGCUGCUCAGUUACUUCUCGUCCUGGUGCCGACUGAGGAAGGCCGUGGCCUGGUAUAGGCGCUUUUCUGAUUUCCUCAGGAGCAGGCUGCGCGAUCGAGCAGGCAGGCGUCUGCGCGAUCGAGGAGUGGGAGUAAGGACGUCUCUGAGUGUAGAUGAUUUGAGGUCGGCUGAGAACUCCAUCCUUAAAUACGUUCAGAAGACGAGCUUCUCUGAGUUUUCUGAUGACCGUGAAGGGACGGUGAAAGUGACCAAGUCGAGCUCCCUCAAGGGGUUGAGCUUGACUCGGAGGGAUGGCAUCUUAGUGGUAGGGGGUAGGCUAAGUCGCUGUCCUGUACAGAGCGAUAGCAAGUAUCCUGUGCUCAUGCCCAGACAUCACCAUGUGACCCGCCUAGUGAUUCGUGACGCUCACGAAAGGGUAGGUCAUCAGGGUCGUGAACAUACUCUGAGCAAGAUUAGGGAGAGGUUUUGGAUCUUGGGUGUUGGAUCGCUGGUUAGGAGUCUAGUUCGAUCCUGUGUGACCUGUAGAAAGGUGAGUGCGGUCCCACAGAGGCAGAUGAUGUCUGACCUGCCGGACGACAGGGUGACGCCGGAUACUCCUGCGUUUGCGUUCGUUGGCUUAGACGUUUUUGGGCCAGUGCUAGUUAAGAGAGGCCGUUCUGAAGUGAAACGCUAUGGUCUGAUGUGUACAUGUCUAGUAACUCGUGCAGUGCACGUGGAGGUGCUGCAGUCACUGGAAUCGGACUCUCUGAUAAACGCUAUACGUCGGAUUAUUGCGCGUCGGGGUCCGAUCAGUAGGAUUAGGAGCGAUUUGGGUACAAACAUGGUGGGUGCUGACAACGAGCUCAAGGCUGAGCUCGCUAGACUGGACGUUAGUAGGCUCGAGCAGUUCGCCUUGGGGAAAGGGAUUGAGUGGGUGUUUAACCCUCCGUCUGCCUCACACUUUGGUGGAUGUUGGGAGCGCUGCAUCAGGACAUUCAGAAAGGUUUGGAGGUCGAUGCCCACCCAGAGACUCGAUGACGAAGGUCUACACACUUUGUUCUGUGAGGUCGAGUCGGUUUUAAACAGUAGACCCUUGACAUUUGUCUCUGCUGACAAUGGUGAGGUAGAGCCCCUUACGCCCAACCACUUGCUGCUGCUGCGUGGCAGUGGUGAGGGGAUCCAGGGGAGUUUUCCCACGACCAGCUCUCGACCAAGCAGUGGAGGAGAGUACAGUACUUGUCUGAGCAGUUUUGGCUCCGAUGGCGGAGCGAGUAUUUGCCUACACUGCUGCGUCGCCAAAAGUGGACGACAAGGUCUCGUAACGUAAAACAGGGAGAUAUAGUUUUGUUGGUAGCAGACGACGCGCCAAGAGGUCAGUGGCGCCUUGGCAGGGUGACUCAGACCUUUCCGAGCCAGGAUGGGUUAGUAAGAAAGGUUUCAGUUAGGACGGGUGGCACGAUACUCGUGAGACCCGUGCACAAGCUGAUACUUGUGCUGCCUGAUUCUGACCUUGACCUGGGCUAGAUGGACGAUUAGUGUUUGGAGCGCAUGUUUAGGACAUGUGAUGUAUAUAGGUGUGUAUGUGUGUGUGCCCUGUUUGUUCGGUGUCCUCAACCCUGCGGGUUGAGCGGGGGGAGUGUAGGCGCUGUUUUUGAUGAGCUCCUGCUAGUAACUUUAGGUUACCGGAACGCCUACGAGAUGGCGGUGUUGUUUCGGUAUUUGAAUAGCGCUAUCGAUUUAUCGAUGUUUAUUUUCUGCUUGGGUGCUUUGUGUCAUUUGGUUUAAUUUUUGUAUCGGUUUAUAAAUUAAUUUUGUAUUGUGUUUCGCUGUUAUUUGUUGUUAGCAUUUUAGUUUUAAGUGCUAACUUUCACGGUCACGUGACCGGCGCCCCGCCUACCCGCCACGUCGGCUUCCGGGUCGGCGGAGGGGCGGUCGUAGAAGGAGGGAUUUGAGACAUUCUUGGUCUUUCGGUGACGGCGGCGGGAGUCAUGCCGAUUUGGGUUUUUGGUCACCAUGGUUACUCUAGCCGUACGACUUUGAGGGCUUUGAGGGCGCACCGUGUAGGUGAGUGACAUGUACUUUAAAGUGUUUGGUAUUUGGCAAAUGGCGAAUGCUGAUUUGGUACAUGCUGAUUAUUUUAGGUAUAUUUUCUUUUGCUGCGUCUGUGUAUUUGUUUGCUUGGUGCACGGUCAUACGGUCAUAUAUUAAGUUUCUGUUUAUUUCGUUUUCAGAAACCGCUUGCUUCACUAUGUUUUGCAAUAUAAAUUCAUCUGUGGA